AUGAAUAAACGAUCAGCAACCUACACCUUUCUGAGCCCGGGAAAUCUAAGCAACAUUAAAACGGUGGUCAACUUCUGGAUCAUUCUGUUUCUCUCCUUGCUGGGCGCAGUUAACAACUUGCUUAUCAUCACAGUGUUUCGGCACCAGGGCUUCAAAGAAGGCCCCGUCAUAUCUAUGUUCUCUAUAUCCACCUGGGACUUAAUAAGAUGUAUGUGUGGGUUAAUCCACAGAUUAUACGGCCCGCUGGAAUUGAUUUCCCCAAGUGUAGGAUUUUCGUGGAGGAUUUUAACAAUCCCGUACUUCGAGUACACGACGAUCUUCGCUGGUUAUGUUUCUUACGCUCUAGCGGCUUUUGUUUCUGUGGAGAGAUGUCUGAGUGUUAGCCUGCCCUUCAAGGCCAAGCUGAUGAUCACUCGUAAAGUGACAAUACUUUGUGUGACGGCGAUAUCCAUCCUUGUCUUUGGUUCCUACACCGUCAUCUACGGCAUAUACCAGAUCGUCUUCGAAUUCAGUCCGGAGUUUAACGCCACAAUCGCUAAACUCGCAUUCACUAAACUUUACCUUAAUAAAUCUGACAUCAUCAUGAGCUACUACCAAGCCGUCGGUAUAAUCCUCCCAUCCGUUAGUUUUUUCAUCAUUUGUAUCUGUUCCUACCUGACCGUAUUUCACCUGAAGAAAUCGUCACGGUUCAUGAAGCACAAAUCAGACAACGCCUCGUCCAUUCUGACGUUAUCAGCCAGGGAAAAACAAGUGGCCUUGACUCUCCUGUCCGUGACCUUUGUCUACAUCAUCAACCUGUUCCCACGAGUCGUGUUUUACUUGGCCCAGAUGGUGGAGCCAGAGUUUUACCUGCUCAGGAAAUACAACGACCUGUUUUUUCUCACCGUGUCUUUUAUCUUUAUCUUAGAUUUUCUAAACGCUUCCAUCCAUUUGUUUAUAUUUCUUGCAAUGAGCUCAGGCUUUAGGCGGACCUUUAAAACAAUUUGGUGUCGAAAGGAAAAAACCGCACUUUAA